GCAAAGUUCAGGUGGGGGGGAUGAGGUGGAACUGGGGGGUAAAAGGGUGGGGAGGAGGCCACGCGAGUCCAUGUUCCAGACCAUCUUUGAUGAAGAUUGUACAAAGCAGGGAGCUGCCUGGCCCACCUAAUAAAACUGCAUACCUAACUAGACACCAUUCUCAUAACAUUGCUUACGUGUCGCCUCUCCCUCUCUCCCGUCGAUAUUUCCUAGAAAAACAUCUAAAUCUCACCUUCUUUCUUCUCUCUCCUCUCUUUCUCGCGCUGUCUACAGAGAUCGCGAAAACUGUUUGGGCCGUUGCUCGUAAACCCAGCUUUCUUCUCUCCCAGGUUACUUGUAUCUAUCAAUGCCUCCAACCCUUUUUUGUUUUGUGGAAUUUUCUUUCCUGAAUCCUUCUAUCAUAUCCGAAACGCUAUACGAUGUCGUUUCGUUUUGGAUUUAGUGGAUGACGGGUUUGGCACAUUCGAAUAAUUUAAUGCGAAUAUGCUUUUAUCGACCCCAACUGUUCUUCGCGCUUCGUUUUUAUUACGGGUGGUUGAAAGGCCUUUUCCAUAUGGGCUGUCUUUCAAAGUGGGGAGUUUCUGAGCUGGGUUUGCUUUCUCUUCAGGAUUUUCUCGUUUGUUUCUGGAUUUAGUUGCUGGGCAAUUCAACAAUCUCAUCAAUUUGGGUUUUUCUUUUUGCCUAAUUGGUUUUGAUCAGUUUUGACUCUUGUUUUGCCUGAGUUAUGUGUUUCUUUCGAGCGAACUGCCCUCAUAGUUUUCGCGGGGUGAUCAAUUGGAUUUUUAGAUUUUGUGAUCUGGGUUCGUCCUAGAUUGGAAUUUUUGGAUGAAAUUACAGCGGUUUUAAAGGCCCCUGAUUUAAAAGGUGACAGUUUCGAACUAGAAAGCAGUUAUAUAGAGAUCAAUUGGUUUCUUAAUUGGAUGGGAUUUUGAGAUUUCGUGAUCAAGGUGGUCUGGGAAUUUGAAUUUUCGGAGGAUGUAUGCGGUGGAGAGACUGAGUAGCUACAUAUCUCGGGGCGUCUACACCGUUUCUGGCCCUUUUCAUCCAUUUGGUGGGGCAGUGGACAUUAUCGUUGUUGAACAGCAAGAUGGGAGUUUUAAGUCUUCGCCCUGGUAUGUUCGAUUUGGCAAAUUUCAAGGGGUUUUGAAGACGAGGGAAAAGGUAGUUAACAUAAGUGUUAAUGGAGUCGAAGCCAAUUUCCACAUGUAUUUGGAUCAUAAGGGGGAAGCCUUCUUUCUCAAGGAGGUGGAUGUCGAAGAAGGGGAAUCCAUGUUGUACCCUUCCUCCCUAUCUUCUGGGGAUGAGAGGGAUGAGGAAUCCAAUGAUAGGAGGCCUAUGAAGUCCAAAAGUUGCAAUUUUGAUGCAAAUGGACAGAAGCCAGUUGCUCCUAUUGAUUUGAGCACUGGAAAGAUUGUGCCUAGGACUACCUCCCGGCGGGGCCGAUUUUUGGGGCUUGUUUUUGGACGAAAGUCAAUGAAGCAGGAGAGUUUUAGGGAGAAGGAAAGUGGUGCUGACGUGACCAGGGUAAGUUCAUUGGAGAGGGCGGAAAUUGCGGCUAACCUCUUGGAGGUCAGGUGGACUACCAGUCUUGCCACCAAGAAGCCAAAGAAAGAUAAAGCUUCACAAAUUUCUGGUGAAGAUAGGUUGGACACUGAGGCUGAUAAUGAUGGAAAAAGCCAGACAGCCUUAUGUGUGAAUGAGGACACGGAAAAUGGUUCAAACCCUUCCCAGUUACAGGAAGAAAAUGGUUUCUGCGAUGGGGAAAUGAGCAACAAUUCUCAAUCUGGAUUUCAUAAUUCAGAAUGUUCUGUUGGGGAAACUGGUUUAGAAAUGUCAUGCUUAGGCACCCCUGUUGAAACAUCUUCUUUAAAUGAAACUGAUUUGGGAGAAACACAGGAGCUUUCUGAAAUAUUAAGAGUGAUUAAUGAAGUCAGUGUAGGAGAUGCUGAUCAUCAUGAUAAUGUGAAAAGUGUCACCUCUAGCAUCACCGGUUCUGAGUCACAAAUUCCACAGACUGCGGAGCUUGAAGUCAGUCCUUGCAAGCAGUUCAAUGAAGAAGAGGCAUUUGAUGAAAGGGAUGCUGUUUUAUCAGGUCAUGAUGUUUUGGAGGAGGAGAAUGAACAGGACGGAGUUCAAUCCUUUAUAUAUUGUGAAACAUCAGGUAGCUCAACAGUAGGGUUAGAUGAUUCUAUCAAAGAAACCCAAGAGAUUCUGUACCUUGCCUGUGGAGGAAGUGGGGAAGUUCAUGUUCAUGACAAAACUCUACAUGAGACUUCUGAGCUAAUAUCUGAGACUCAGGUAUUAGAAAUUAUUCAUCAGGAUACAGUUACCGAGAGACUUGCUGAGGAUAUUAAGUCAGAAGCCAAAAAGGUUCCUGAAAAUCAUUCUCAACAUGGUAGUCUAUCUUAUUCUUGCAUGCCUGCCAAUGGUGAGGCAGGUCUUGAAGAGCCACUCGUGAUGCAGGAAUCCUAUACUGAAAUGGUCAGAGUAGACAAUUCAGUUGAAGAAACCAUGUCACAUGGCAGUUUCACCAUUUCCAGUUUCAGUGAUUCAGGUCAUCAAGUCCAAUGUAAGGAAAAUAUCAGGGAUGAAAAAAAAAACAGUGAACUCCAACGUUCUUUGGAGUCUAUUGGAGAUUCUCAAGAGUUUGAUGGUGAUUAUGUCCCAACAAAAGUGAUAAGAAUUUCGCCACCAGAGAGUUCAGAUGACGAACAAUUCCCUUUCAGUGACCUCGAUGAUUUCAAGCAUUCUGAAGUUCGAUCAUUGGACUUGAUUUCUCUGGAUCCUGUGGAGAAAGAAAACUGUCCCUCACUUAAACUGGAUAGCAAUGAAGCAGUAGAAGAUUUAUUUGAUGCAAAUUAUGUGUCAUAUUCAUCUCCAGACAGCUCUGUUCAAGAGAAUCCACCAAAUGAUUUGGACAACUUGAUAGAUAAGUCAAGGGUAGUAUCAAGUUCUAUUAGUAUUCCUUCAAGUAUCAAGGUCACUUGUGAGGAAGUUGAGCGGCUGGCCGAAUCUUUACCUAAUAUGGGCCCUCUUGGUGAUGAUCUGGAUGCACACAAACUUCAUCAUCCUAUAAGCCUUUCUCUGGAUUCAAAUUCCAAAUCCUUGGGAUGGGCAUUGCUUAGGAACAACAUCUCAACCUUAACAAAGUUGAAUGCAGACAAUAAACACAUAUUAGUACAAGAACAGCCUUCACUUGAGGAUACUCAAAUUUCAAGGGAGCUCAUAAAUGUUCUUGCAGACCCUGCUGUUGAAAUAUCUCUUUGCAAACAUUUGUUAUAUGAAGGGAUGGGGGCUGCUGCUGCUUCUCAGGCCUUUGAUGCUGAGAAAUUGGAUAUGGAUAAAUUUGCCUCUCUGGGUCCUGAUGUGUUGAAAAAAGAUAACCUUGUCGUCAGAAUUAGUGGCCAUUACUUCCCAUGGGAUGCAGCUGCACCUAUUGUUUUAGGAAUGCUUUCAUUGGGAAAGGAACAAAUACUUGAAUUGAAAGGCAUGAUAGCUGUUGACCAAGUUGAGAAAACUCUUGAAGGGGAUCCAGCGAAAGCCAUUGUUGCCUCUGGUGGAAGCUGGAGGCUUUGGCCUUUUAGAAGAUCAAGAGCCAUCUCAUCUGUCCAGCCAGUUAUCAAUAACACCAGACAAUCUGAUGCUGAGAAUGCUUCAGAGAUGACUGCUGGCACAGAUGGGAAUGAUAAUGUGUGUAAACCCAAGCUGACAAAAAAGAAGGUACGAGUAAUUACUCCAACGUCUGAACAGCUGGCAUCCUUGAAUCUGAAGGAAGGAAGGAAUACGAUAACCUUUACAUUCUCAACUGCAAUGCUGGGGGAGCAGCAGGUUGAUGCCAGCAUUUAUUUGUGGAAAUGGAACACUCGCAUAGUAAUCUCAGAUGUUGAUGGGACAAUUACCAAGUCAGAUGUUCUAGGGCAGUUCAUGCCUAUGGUUGGAGUAGAUUGGUCACAGACAGGUGUAGCACAUCUAUUUUCUGCUAUUAAGGAAAAUGGAUAUCAAUUGCUUUUCCUUAGUGCACGAGCAAUUUCUCAGGCCUAUCACACUAGGCAAUUUUUAUUCAAUCUUAAGCAGGAUGGAAAGGCUUUGCCAGAUGGGCCAGUUGUUAUUUCCCCUGAUGGACUUUUUCCUUCUCUCUUUCGAGAAGUUAUUAGAAGAGCUCCUCAUGAAUUCAAGAUUGCUUGCUUGGAGGAUAUCAAGGCAUUAUUUCCUUCUGAUUGCAAUCCAUUCUAUGCUGGUUUUGGAAACCGGGACACUGAUGAGUUUAGCUACCUUAAGGUUGGAAUUCCAAAAGGCAAAAUAUUCAUCAUUAAUCCUAAGGGCGAGGUUGCUGUGAACCGCCGUGUGGACACAAAAUCAUAUACUUCUCUUCACACUCUUGUGAAUGGCAUGUUUCCAUCCACAUCCUCUUCUGAGCAGGAGGAUUUUAAUUCAUGGAACUACUGGAGACUGCCACCUCCCAUUGUUGAUAUUUGAAGAAGUCAGCAGGAAAUUAUCGCACAAUCCUCUGGAUUCAGAGAUGGACCAGUUUUCGAGUAUGCUUGUUCUGGAACUAUUCAGGUAAAUCUGAUUUCCGCUCGGCAUGGAAAUUUUGGGGUCCUUUGAAGUUUAGCAAAGAGCAUAGCGCUCUCCACAGCUAUAGCCCCAGUAUUGUUGAAGGCAAGAUUUGGUUUCAGGUCACUGGUACAAAUCUCAGAAUUGACCAGCAGUGAGCAUGUUCAAUAGAAAUCCUCCUUUCAACAUAAUACAGGUUUACACUUGUCUGUGGCUGCAGCUUUUAACAGCAAAAGUUCUUCACUGGCACUGAGAAAGAAGUUGGCUAUAGAUUGUCUACAAAGAUGUAGGUCCGCUGCAGCUGUACCCUGCUUCAGAAUCAUAGUUCUAAUUUUGUAAAUGUGUAUACUGUGUUCAUGUGAUUCCAUGAACACUGCAAAUUUUCUGUGUAAGCAUUUAUUUGAAUUUUAUGGGAAAAUAGGCCCUGAAAGCAUUAAUAUAUGACUGUUUUCACAUGCA